AUGGCUAUAGCACACGUCGCGACAGAAUAUGUAUUUUCUGAUUUCUUAUUGAAAGAACCGAGUGAAUCGAAGUAUAAAGGCGUGCGGCUGGAACUGGCAGUAGACAAACUGGUCAGUUUUAUCGCGGUUGGGCUUCCUUUGUUACUCAUCUCACUCGCCUUUGCACAAGAAGUCUCCGUGGGAACUCAGAUCACAUGUUUCCCACCCACUAACUUCUCAUGGCGACAGUCUGCCUAUGUGGACUCCUUCUGCUGGGCUGCAGUGGAGACCCAGCCCAGGGAGGAUGGGGCUUACAGCGUCCCCCUUCGACUGCAUAAGUUCUUUCCUUAUAUCCUUCUGUUGGUCGCAAUCCUCAUGUAUAUUCCUGUUCUCUUCUGGCGUUUUAUGGCUGCCCCUUCCCUCUCCUCUGACCUCAGUUUUAUCAUGGAGGAACUUGACCGUUGCUAUAACCGUGCCAUCCGCCUUGCCAAGAGCCUAACGUCCAACCUUGAAGGCAAAGACAUGGCAGAGGACCCACACAGUGGUCUUGAAUUGACUGAAGGUUGUUUUAAAUACCCUCUGGUAGAGCAGUACCUAAAGACAAAACUUUCUUCAUGGGCUUUGGCUGCAAAAUAUCUCCUUUGUCGGGUUUUAACACUCCUCACUUUAUUGCUGGCUUGCUUUUAUCUGACCUACUACAUCUUUUGGGUGUCACCCAGUGACCAGUUCUACUGUAAUCUGCGCACAGGUAUAUUAGUAAAUGAGAGUGGGAUACCAGAUGCAGUGCAAUGUAAGCUUGUAGCAGUAGGUGUGUUUCACGUCCUAAGUUGCAUUAAUCUGGCGGUAUAUAUACUGUUAGUACCUGCCGUGCUUUCCGCUGCCCUCCAGCCUGCCCGCCAGCACCAGCGUGCUCAGUUCCUCCGUCCCUAUUGCCUACUGCCUGCUUUCGGUCAUGCCCUGGAUUUACAGCCGACUACACGGCGCUAUGAUGACCUCGGUAUCUACCUAUUGUUCUUGGAGGAGAACUUGAGUGAGCUCAAGAGCUACAAAUGUUUGCAGGUAUUAGAGCUGCUGUCAGUGGGAGGGGAUGCAGCGUUUGACAUCAUGUGUCUCCUUAGGACUCUGGGACAAGUGAGGACUGACAUGGUGGACAGGAAACAAUACCAAACUGUCGAUGGAAAGACUCAGUCAACUAAGACAGAAGUCUCCUCUGAACUAAAGGACGUCUCCUCUGUUCUGCUGGAUGAUGGAGUACAGACAGCAAAAAGCUGCAGCUCUGUGAAAGAUGUAAGACACAGGGUGGUUUGAGAUAUAUAUAUGCAUACAUACACUCACCAGCCACUUUAUUAUGUACAUCUGUACAUCUACUUAUUCAUGGGAUUAUCUAAUCAGCCAAUUAUUUGGCAGCAGUGCAAUGCAUGAAAUCAUGACGAUAUG